AUGAACCGACGCCACGUGGAGUACCCCACCGCCCCGACCAGCGCCCUGCUCAACGUGCACAACGUGCGGAGAGUGCUGGCCGACACCAAGAUCCCCGACGAGUGGCGAUGCCGGUACAAAACAGGCAAAUGCAACUACCCGCGUGCGCUCAAAACCAACAAAAAGGACGGCACGGACGCCAUGUUAUUGCUGUGCGAGCGCCACCGGCGACUCCAAAACAAGACGAAAAAGCGCAGCGACACCAAGUACAAAGCCGACCGGGCAAUGCUCCGUGUCGUCAAGCGGCUGCAUCCCGACUUAGUCCACCACAAAUCCAGCACAUUGCGUUCGAACGGUCAGUGUCCAGCCUCGCCGUCGUCGUCGCUAUCAUCCAUGUCGACGGAUUCGCUCCCAGUGCAGUCGACCACCUCGUGCAGUGCCUCAACGCCGCCGUCGGUGCUUUUUUCUCCGUCCGAGCUAGACAUGCUAGCGUUCUAUCUCUUAUGA